GUGACGCGCCGUAGCUGUUGAUGUUCACUUCCGAGAUGGCGGCGGCCACCGAGGGCCCCGUGAGGUUGCGGCUGCUUUUCGACUAUCCACCCCCGGGAAGUCCGGCCUGCGGGUUGUGCUGGCUGCUCCUGGAGCCCAGCCAAGUGCGCCUGGUCACCGACCUGAUCAGCCUCAUCCGGGAUAAGUUUGGCUUCAGCCGCCGCGCCAAACUCAGUCUCUUCCUCGAGGGGGCGCUCCUGCCGCCCACCGAAAGCGCCCGCCUCGUGCGGGACAACGACUCCCUCCGAGUCAGGUUGGAAGAAGUUAUUGGAGAAGACAAUUAUGAGAAAACUGCUAAUGGUCACCUAUCAAAGAAAGAGAGAAAACGACACAGGCAGAAGUUGGAGGCAGAGGAAUCUGACAGUGCAGCAGAAGAGCACAGAAAGAGAAAAAAGAGUAAAGGGAAUGUUGAGCACCUUUCAAGUCAAGAAGAGGAUGUUGCAAACGUUCAGAAUCCUAAGAAACAUAAGAAAAGGGAAAAAUUAGUGAUUGAAAGAAACUAUACUGCAGAUAGUAAUGACAAUGCUUCUCAUUCCAAAAAGCUUAAAAAACAAGUUGACCGGGGAAAAGAGCGGGAGGUUGAGAGAACCAAAAAGAGGCAAAAAACAAGGACGUUUGAAACAAAAAAGACCAACAAGACUUUUCCUUUGAGUCUUAGCCAACCGAGUAUGGGGAAAAACUCAACAGCACAGGCCAGUACAAAGAAAAGUGGAACUUCAAGUGACUCCACCACUACGUCAUCUGACAGUGACCACAGUGUAACCAAUCUAAAGCAAAAACCCGCACAUAAAACUAAGGUGGCAGCAGAGCACACACACAAAUCACAACUGGAUUCUCUGGUAAAACUCACUUCUGCUGGUAAGCUUGCUACGAAACCUAAAGAUGGAAAUGCGCCAAGGAAAGCAAAAAGUAACAAGGCCAAGAGCCAGUCCUCUAGCUCAGAUACUGAUUCUAGUUCAGGGGAAGAAGAGGAGCAGAAAAUCAGUAGCCUGAAAAGUAAAUUGCUCUCUAAUAGCCGAGGAACUGCGACAGGCUUGACUUCAAAGCCCAAACCUCAAAUCUCUUCUUCUGAUUCUGAUAGUUCAGACUCUGAGACUUGCACUAUUAAGAAACCCAAGACAAACACUGCAUUCAAUCAGUCCUUGGGAGGAAAUGAUGGCAAACUGCCAGCUGCUACUUAUGGACAAACUGCAAGCCUUACCAAUGCUGCAAGGGGUCGUGGGAGAGGAGAAAAUGUCUUCUGGAGAGGGCCUAGGGUUCGUGGUUGUCGUGGCAUAUUCAGAGGCCGGGGAAGAGGAAGAGGAGAAAGUACCAACUUAUUCUAUAAUUACAAUGGUGAACACCAAAAACAACAACAGUUAAAUGAAGCAGCAACAAACACUUCAGUUAUUAUCCAGAAUCCAGUGGAGGCGCCGAAGAAGGAUUAUAGCACACUACCUCUGUUAGCUGCCCCUCCCCAAGUAGGAGAGAAAAUUGCCUUUAAGCUUCUGGAAUUAACUGAAAAUUACACUCCUGAAGUAUCUGAUUACAAGGAAGGGAAAAUUGUCAGUUGGAACCCCACAAACAAACAACUAGAACUUGAAAUUCUUUCUUUUUCAUCGAUGGCAAAAGAGCCGGGCAAGUUUGAUCUGGUUUACCAAUCUGCAGAUGGAGCUGAAACAAUAGAGUAUGCAGUAUCUCAGGAUAGAAAGAUAACUGAAAGCUGGGAUGCACUGAUUGAGCCAAGACUAAUAGUUGACCCUCCUAAUACUGAAUCAAGUAUUGGAAAUGGAAAUCCCUAGGCUGUGAACUUGUGUGUAGGAUGUAAAUUUUUGUGAGGUGCUUUCCUUUAGGUUCUGAAGAUAGUAUAUGCACAUUAUUGUUAGAGGUUUCUUUUUUUAAUAAAGCAUUUUUAAUUGAAAUGAG